GAAGUCUAGUAGAUCUGCUGUAGAUCACAGAGGGUCAAUCAUCAUCAACCCAGGAUGGAAGUGACACCACUCUAUUGGAUACUCUUGCUUUUCAUCUCCAGAGUGGCUGCAGGUCAGUCUCCAGUUUCUCUGAUUGUCAGACCCAACAGAUCUCAGUUCUUUGAAUAUGAGUCUGUCUCUCUGAGCUGUGAGGUUCUGGGUGGUUCUACUGGAAGGAGAGUGGAGAGGAACCCAACAAGUGGAAAGCUUACAGAGUGUGGUGAUAGAUGGGGAAAGUUUAAUGGAACCAGCUGCAUCAUCUCCUCAACCAAAUCAACAGACAGUGGAGUUUACUGGUGUGUCUCUGGAAAACACAAAAACACUGUCAACAUCACAGUAACUGAUGGUCAUGUGAUCCUGGAGAGCCCCGCCCUUCCUGUGACUGAGGGAUUUAAUGUGACUCUGAAGUGCAGAAAUAAGACAAAUCCCUCUGACCUCACAGCUGAUUUCUACAAAGAUGGAUCCCUCAUCAGGACUGAGUCUACAGGAGAGAUGACCAUCCCUGCAGUAUCACAGUCAGAUGAAGGACUUUACAGCUGUAGACACCCUGAACUAGGAAGAUCACCAGAGAGCUGGAUGACUGUGACAGCCCCUUCCUCCUCCAAACCCUCCUUAUCCUCUACACCUCCUUCCUCCACAUCAUCUCCUCUACUCCUCCCUCUCUCUCUAUCUGGAGUGGCCGGUCUCAUCAUCUCUUUGACAAUUCUAUUGCUGAUGUUCUGCUACCGAAAGAGGACCAAAGUGAAGGCUCCAGGAGCUGAUCCAGUCUACUCUGCAGUAAAGACCUCCACCAACACAGGUAAUAUCAAUCAGUCAAUCAAAUUUAUUUUAUAA